AUGUUUCCUACAGAUCCAUCUAUAGAAUUUGGGAAAGCUGUUGGAGUAUUUCUUGAACAAAAUGACCGUUGGGCUAGGUUCCAGAUUGGACCAUGGAAUGGUAUAUGGUUUAGUGGGGGUUCUGGGGUCAACCAGAACAUCAUUAAUGCAGACAUGGUUAUUAAUGGAACGGAGGUGGUUUACAGUUGUCUUCUUCACAAUAGUUAUGUAGUCUCAAGGCUAGUCUUGAGUUCAUCUGGACAACUAGAACGUUGGGUAUGGGUGGCUGAUGGGCCAAAGAAGAUCAAUGAUGAAUAUGAUCGUACAACUGCAAAUUUAGCUGCCCCUUAUUGGGAGCGGCCAACUGGACCUAUAUGGUGGUGCCACGUGACUGCAAGCCACCCACACAUUAAUUCAUGGUUUACAAAUGCUUCAUGGUUGCAUCCUGAAAUAAGUAUUGCUUUGAGAGAUGAAAUCCGUCUUAUAAGUGAAAGGAUGAAACACCUUUUAUAUGAGGUCCUAGUUAGGGUUGCUGGAGGUUUAUUGUUUGAACUUUUGGGUCAAUAUUUUGGUAACCCGUAUAUUAAGGAAGAUGAUGUACCAGAUAUGCUUCGUUCAUGGCAAGCACAAAACUCUUUAGUCACUGCAUUGCAUCAAAAAGGAGUUACAUCAUUGUUAAGUGUUUUGGGUGUCAUAGAAGUUCAAGUUUCUUUCCAAUAUUGUCCUUCAUUAAUACAUUUACUAAGGGUUCUGUUUCUUUUUGAUUUAAUAGGCUUAAUGGGUCAAGUAGACAAUAUUGAUAAAGAGCAAAUGAAGCACUUUUGGGGCCAAAUUUCUGGAUUGAUAAAGAUGAAGAUGGUAGGAUCACACAAGACAAUGUCAGAAAGAUUAUUAGCCUUAGUGCUUCAAUUAACAAGUACUUUUUACAGGAUAAUCGAAAGAGAUGUUGGUUUUUUUUACAUGGAAGUACAUUUAGUACAGGGACCGAGCACUCUGUAUUGCAUCUUCCCAAGAGUUUUAAUCAACGGUCCAUAUGGUGGUGUUACUAGUAGGGUUAGGAACCCCAAUCAUGAAUAUUUUGAAAGAUAUUUUGAAUAA